AUGGGCGAGCCUAACAGCAGCAGCCUGGCUGCUGCACAUAGAGAGUCCAAAGACCACCUGCUCGAGAACCUGCCCAGUUAUUUUGCCGACAACUACGACAUCUAUGACUAUGGCGUUCCAGCUGAAGAGGUGCCCGACACCACGCAGGGGCGUGCCUUCUUCGUUGCCACCAUCGUCAUUGGCGUGGUUCUUGUCUGUAUCAUGCUGGUCUGCGGCGUGGGAAACAUCUUGUUCAUCGCCACCCUGGCGCGGUAUAAAAAACUGAGGAACCUCACCAACCUCCUCAUCGCCAACCUGGCCAUCUCGGAUUUCAUCGUGGCCAUUGUCUGCUGCCCCUUCCUGGUGGAUUACUACGUGGUCAAGCAGCUGUCCUGGGACCACGGGCUCAUGCUCUGCGCCUCCGUCAACUACCUCCGGACAGUGUCUCUGUAUGUGUCCACCAAUGCCCUGCUGGCCAUUGCUUUUGACAGGUAUAUGGCGAUAGUCCAUCCACUGAAGCCUCGCAUGAAGUACCAGACAGCCUAUUGCUUGAUCACAGGGGUGUGGAUUGUUCCUGUCCUCAUCUCCAUACCAUCCGCUUAUUUCACUUCCGAGACCAUGUACCCGCACAGCACCACCCAGAGCAACAAGAUCUUCUGCGCGCAAAUCUGGCCAGUCGACCAGCAGCUCUACUACCGCUCCUACUUCCUGUUCAUCUUCGCCGUGGAGUUCGUGGGCCCGGUGCUGGCCAUGGCGCUGUGCUACGUGCGCAUCUCGCGGGAGCUGUGGUUCAAGAGUGUGCCGGGGUUCGAGACGGAGCAGAUCAGGAAGAGGCUGCGCUGCCGGCGGAGGACAGUGGUGGUGCUGAUGUGCAUCCUGACGGCAUACAUCCUCUGCUGGGCCCCCUACUACGGCUUCACCAUCCUGCGCGACUUCCACCCCACCCUCAUCUCGCGCCAGCGCAACUCCCUGCUGGCCUUCUACAUCAUCGAGUGCAUCGCCAUGAGCAACAGCAUGAUCAACACCCUCUGCUUCGUCAGCGUCAAGAACAACACCGUCGGCUACCUCAAGAGGAUCGUCCUGCACUGCUGGAGGUCUGCUUACCCCGGCAGCAAGGCUGUGGAGGAGAUGGACGCCCGCACGUCCUCCAUGCGGGUCACAGAGGAGGUGGACUGCAUACGUCUGCAGGAAAGGGGAGGUCUCUGA